ACCAUCCUUGACCUCUCUCGCUGUCCUGGGCUGGAUGCUGCACCCUAACAAGCCGCCCCUGGCCACUGUGGGAAGGGCGCUGACUCUGAUCCAAGUCAUCUUCUACCUGCCGCUCACGCUCGACGUUGGAGGCCCAGAUGCAUUCUUAGCCCUCUCCGCCUCGCUGGCUUCCUACUACUGGGCCCUUUCCUCUCUUCGUCUAGUAACAAAAGGCACGCGCGUACAAUGGAUCGGCGACCUCUGUGCCGUCUUCCAGUUCCUCGUCGUACCGGCUUGCCUGGCUGUAUGCUGGGCCGUCUACUGUCCGCCCGAGAACAAUUACUUCUUUGUUCGGUGGGCUCGAUCGGUGGGUGUGAAUCCGACAACGUCGUCCACUACAGCGUGGUCGCCUCACUUGCACCCUGCUACGCCUCCUCACCUUGCGGCCAUCGUGCAGGCGGUGAGGCCCAUCUUGCAGAGGGAUACGCACCCUUACCUCGAGUAUCUCUUUGAUGUUUCCAGCAAGGGCAUCCUUCUCCUCGCUCGUAAAGUACCCAUUUGGUGGGGCGGCCUUUUGCGCAUGUCAAGCCCCUUGUUCAGCCUCCUCGAAGGCUCGGCGACGCUCGUCAUCAUCCAACUGCUAGGGCAUGGCUGCAGAUAUGUCAUUGCCACCUCAUUGACGAGGCCCAGCCCAUCAACAGCCUCUGGAUCUGGUGGAUCCGGUCGCUCAACCCCGCUGGCCCUCCUCUCAUCCAUUGGUCUGCGAGGCGCCGAGGCGUGGCAGCUUGGAUUCUUGCUGUCUUCAGCCAUCAUCUACGUCAUCUCUGGGUGGGCCCUCUUCCUAUCCUUUGAAGGCGUGGUGGCCAGAGGCGGAGGCGCAAGCUUGAUGAUGGGCGUCAGUAUCGCCUCAGUCGGAUGGCUGACCGCCAUUGCAUUCGCGCUUGGCAAAGGCAAUGUCAUCGAGACUGCAUUGAUUUUCUCCUACGUCUCCUGGAACAUCUUUGCCCUCUCCUCGGCCUCCUCCCUUUCGUUCGUCUCUGACCCCCUCGCUCUCGUCCGCUCAUUCAAAGGCCAGGUCACCAUGGCUUACCUCGACUCCCUCGCGCCAAUUGUUUCCGCCCGCGUACCUGCAAGUCUGCAAUCCUCGGUGUCCGAUGCUUUUCAACUUCUCAAGGUUACAUUCGGGCAAUCCCUCACCUUUCUGGGCGCGAUAGCCAGCGCCUUACCUGCGAGCGUGGUGGUUAGCCUGGUGUACAGGCUCAUGGUCCUCUAUCUUGCUUCGAGAGUGCUGCCGUUGUUGUGCGGCCCAUCAGCGAGGACAAGAACGCAGGAAUGGCCGCCGAGGAAGAGGAAGCGAAGGCGGUCAAGAGGUGGGAUGAGAAGUAGCUCUUCCUCAUCGACUACGAGCAGUAAAGGUGGGAGCACCUACUCGUCGUCAUCAUCGUCGACAGGAAGUAGUAGCAGUAGCAGCAGCAGCAGCAGCAACAGCAGCAGCGGCUCUAGCAGCUCUGAUUUCGACAGUGAUGAUGGCAUCGCGGAGAAGCAUACCAGCGUCGGCAGCCGUCCCGCUCGCCGGUCAUCAGGCAGAAGGAGCGACGAGGCUGAGCCUUUUGGAUCCUUCAUCAGCUUCGUCGUGUCUUACUCGAGGCUCAUCUUGAUUGCUACGUACUCACAUCUACUACUCCUAGACCAAUCUCACCAGACCAUCUGGCGCUUCUCGACGGUGAGCGUCACACUGGUUCUUUGGACCAUGGAGCUGCUCCUCGGCAGUAGCAACGACGAUGUCGAGUUCGCUGGCAUGUGGCGAUCGUAAUCGCCGCGGGCUCCAACAAGGGGAAGACAGACAGACUACGAGCACCAAGGUCUACUCUAAUGUGCAAUCAUUUCAAUGGACAAAUCUUUGUCCAGUGUCACUCCUCGAUGGGAUCGUUCGUCCCAU